GAGCUGUUUUUCAAUUUUUGUAUUUUCCAGUCUUUAACCUGCAUCCUGUUGGGAUCAGCACAAUAACACAAUGACAAAGUCACUCUACUCAGUUUAAGGCAAAGCUCAUUGAUCAGGACAUAGUAAUGUUGAGCUACACAUUUAACACCUGAACACAUCUGACUGUUUUAUUAAUGAUUUUUAUCUACAUCAUUUAUUCUUUAUUCAGAUUGAGGAACUGCAGUUUGUCAGAGAUCAGCUGUGAUUCUCUGGCCUCAGCUCUGAAGUCCAACCCCUCCCAUCUGAGAGAGCUGGAGCUGAGUUACAACAAGCUGCAGGAUUCAGGAGUGAAGCAGCUGUGUGAUUUUCUGGAGAGUCCACACUGUAAACUGGAGACUCUGAGACUGGAGAGCUGCAGUUUGUCAGAGAUCAGCUGUGUUUCACUGGUCUCAGCUCUGAAGUCCAACCCCUCCCAUCUGAGAGCGCUGGAGCUGAGUCACAACAAGCUUCAGGAUUCAGGAGUGAAGCAGCUGUGUGAUUUUCUGGAGAGUCCACACUGUAAACUGGAGACUCUGAGGGGUGUCAAACGUACUGCCCGUGGGCCGGAACCGACACACCAGAGGAGCUCACCUGGUUCUCCGGCUGGCUGAAUGAAAGAGACAAUCAUACCUUAAUUAUUCUUGUUUUCUAAUGUCAACAGCUGUUUAUAUCCCAUCAUAAUAUUCUUACAGGGUUUUAUUUGAUACUGUGA